UGAAGCAUCAGGUUGGUUGCGGGGUGUUUAAACAUGCAAAGCGCGCUCCAUUCGAGGUGUAUAAAAGCCGUGACUGGUCCCCAAAUAUCAGUAUCUUCAGGACAACCAACUAAACAAUAUGAGGACGUUCCUGAUUUCAAGUAUUUUGGUAGUUCUGGUCGCCGCUGAGCCACCGGCCUACAGGCAAAGAUACUAUGUUGCACAACAGAGAGAAGAAGUCACACAGGAUCCAUCAUUAGCUCCGUACGCUCCCUCAGGAUGGAAACCUAAUGGACCUGCCUUUAAUUUGCCUCAGAGACAAGUUCAACCAUCACUGAAUGAAUAUGGAUCACCUUCGGCUCCUCAAAAUCAGUACGGACCACCUUCUGCUCCUCAAAAUCAAUACGGACCUGCAGCAGCGGCUCCUCCAAAUCAAUAUGGACCACCUUCUGCUCCUCAAAAUCAGUACGGACCUUCAGCUGCUCCUUCAAAUCAGUAUGGACCACCUUCUGCUCCUCAAAAUCAGUACGGACCUUCAGCUGCUCCUUCAAAUCAGUAUGGACCACCUUCUGCUCCUGAAAAUCAAUAUGGACCUUCAGCAGCACCUUCUCAGAAUCAGUAUGGACCACCUUCAGUUUCUCAAAAUCAGUACGGAUCACCAGCGGCACCUCAGAAACAGUAUAGAUAUCCGGCGGCACCUCAAACUCAAUAUGGACCAGCAGCAGCAGCUCCACAGCAACAAUAUGGAUCACCAGUGGUUCCACUAAAUCCCUAUACAUCGCAACAAUUCGAAGCAUCGCAAAAAUUCAGAGCUGCACAAAAACAAACCAAUGUUCCUCAAAGUAAAUACGGUCCUCCCGAAUACACUACCACUGAAUAUCCAAAUACCACCGAAUUUGAUGAACCAACUACUGUGAAAGGUCUCACUGAAUCGGAGUCAGAGCCAGUGAAUUCAGUGAAUGAAUUGGGCGAGGAAACAGGUGAAAUUGAUGAGCAACAAAAAAAAUCCGGACAGUACUUUGUGGCCCUUCCUGAUGGACGACUUCAGCGCGUUCGUUAUGUAAGUCGUGAGGACGUUGAAGCAAUGAAGUACUUUGCAAAAAUUCGUGCCGAUAAUGUUGAACCAUUACGUGGACCAAUUUAUUCAUAUGCACCAUUACAAAAAUUACAAAUCACACCGGGAUCAUCACAACUUGGUGUAUCAGUGUCGGCACCCGUUCCAGUUGAAGUGUCAAGACCUGAAAGAUUAUUAGCUCCAAAAGUUGAUAUUCAACCACUCGCACAAGUUCAAUAUCAAUUGGAUAGUCCUGGAAAUGUGAUUCCUCUUAGUUCUUCAUUCAGUACAUAUACGGCAAAUUAUCAAGUGCCAGCUCCUUCUGAGCAAAAAUUCAUUAUUUCUGUAUAAAAAAUCGCUUUGAAAAAAAGUGUAAUUCUUUUUUUAAGUGCGAUGACUAAAAAAUAGAGGAAUCUAUUUAUUGUACAUGUUGUAAAAACUAAUUUAUAGUGCUAAUAAAAUUGAUUUUAAUCGGA